AUGGCUCCGGUACUCCCGCUCGAACUCCAGCUCCUCAUCCUCGAGCUCGCCUUGCCGCCGCCCAUCCGCCGCAACCGCGACGAGCGCGUCCGACUCGGCAAGGCCUUCUCGCUCGCGACGGAGCGACUCGAGGCAAAGUGCGCGGGAGCUCUCCCUUUCGAAACUCUCGUCAUCGCGUUCGAGCCGUUUGACGAGUGUCAACUGAGCGAAAGCCCGUCAUAUGCCGACUACGAGCUCGGCCUGCGGAUCUCGUCCGGGGACGCUUAUGCCGUUCGCACAGGUUUACAGCGGCUGUUCAUCCUUGACCUCAGCGACUUCGGCAGCGAGAUCCGACAACUCUCUCAUUACCUAUUGCCCGCCCAACUGCGGUAUCUCGGCCUCAACAGCGUCUUACUCUCUAAGAACUGGGACUUCAACCACUUCGCACGGCUGGAGACGCUCAUCUUCGACCAAGUGGAUUACUACACGCCCUGCCUGCCCCGGUGGGUUAGCCAACUCAAGAGUUUGCCGCUUCGCGCGCUCUGUUGCAAAGUCUUCUUCCCCGCCCUCGAUUUCCGCCAUCUUGCCGACUUCGCUUCCCUAAAGCACUUUGCACUCGUCUUGAGCCGCUUGGGAUGUGUCUCCAACGGCCCAGCCGACGACUCCGCCCUCGUCCUGCCUUGCGGCUUACAAACCUUCACCUUCUGCGGAGCGCGCGGCACAACUUCGAAGGCAGACGACGACCUCCUGAACAGCGUGUGUCAGCAGAACGGGACCAGGUUUCUGCGCCAGGAGGAUGUGGUGGGACAGGAGAUCUUCGAUUGGGAUCCGGAGGAAUGGGCGUACUCCAUCGGCGCCUAA